CUAUUCAUUGUUAUUAAUAUGACUGAACUUUGAUGAUUAAGUUGUAUAAACUUGACGGUGAUGGAAUCGUUUAAAGCACAUUCACAAAUUCAAUGCGGUCACAUUCACAUAGGACGACAUUAUAUUAACUGUCAAAUAAUCUACGUUCAAUAUUAUUUUAUCGUAAACAUUAGUAUAAUUACGAAAAAGAAGCUUGUUCAAUAAUAUAUACAUGAAAAAGAAGAAGAAGAAGACAAAAAAUCAAAUGAAGAAGAAGAACAUCUAAUAGAAGCCGGACGCAAAUCAAGACAAAACAAAACACAUCUUUUCUUAAUCAAAACCAUGUCAAAUCGAAGGAAUGAAGAUAAUUCUCGCAACAAUGGAAUAGCAAACUCCGACGAUCCGCCAAUGUCACGUUUGUUUAUUAUUUGUAAUAAACAAAAUACAGAGGAAGAUUUUCGAGAAGCAUUCCAGAAAUUUGGCAAAAUUGAAGAGAUUUAUACAAUAAAAGACCGGAGCACAGGUGAUAACAAAGGUGUUGUUUACAUAAAAUUUAAUAAAACAUCUGAAGCAGCAAAAGCACUUGAAGAAAUGAACGGAAAAACAUUAGGAACUCCACCAGGAAGUAGACCUUUGAAAGUUCUGGUAGCUUCAAGUCGAAAUCAAGGAUCAGGGCGAACGGAAAAUGAACAUGAAAAAUAUGUUCGAUUAUUUGUGAUUGUUCCGAAAAAUAUGACCGAGGAGGAUCUUCGAUCAGAGUUCGAAGAAUACGGUCCGUUAGAAAGUGUUUCAAUGAUUCGCGACAAAGUGACUCGCGAGUGUAAAGGAUUUGCAUAUGUCAAAUUUUUCAAAUUUACACAUGCUGCUCUGGCCUAUGAAGGAGUAGGUGGAAAAUAUAGGGCAGUUUUUGCGGAGCCUAAAGGAAGCUCUAAAACAUCAAACAGUAAUUCAUCUGAUCGUGGAAGUAGUCGGCACGAUGAUUAUAGUAUGACUUCUCCUUAUGGUGGUAGCACAAGCGGUGGCAGUACCAAUAAUAUUUUUGGUAAUAGUCAUGGUAAUCGAUUGGAUUAUUCAACAUUUUUGAAUAAUCCAGUGACUCCGAAUAAAAACAAUUUUAAUGCCAGUUCGGGUAUUAAUGGCAAUAGUAGCGAAGUACAGCUGAAUGUUAUUGUAAACUCAACCGUAAAUCAAGACCAACUGUGGCGACUCUUUGAUAUUGUGCCCGGCUUGGAGUAUUGUCACAUUACAGGAGAAUGCAGUAGAAAUUCGAAUUAUGCGACAGCGGCUUACAAUAGCAUUGAUGCUGCACAAUAUGCACGAGAAAAAAUUCAUGGGCUAGAAUAUCCACCUGGUCAGCGAAUUAUUAUAAAAGCAAUCAAUUGUACUACAAAGCCAGAAGCAGAAAACAUUUUUGCAUUUGAGUCUUUUCAAUCUUCAAAAGAACCAUUUUCCAGUGUUGCCUUGCCUGCACCGGCUCCAUUGGCGAAUCCAACGAGUCAAUGUGCACAGCGAUGUUUUAUAGUAUGCGUUCCUAAGGCGCUCCCACCCAAAAUCCUAAAUAAUGUAUUUAGUCGAUUUGGUGACCUAAUUGAUGUAUACUUAUUGCCGAAUAAAAAUUGUGGUUACGCAAAAUAUGCGAGUGAAUCGAGUGCCAUGAAGGCGAUCGAGGUGUUACAUUCUGCCGAAAUAUGCGGUGUUAAAUUAAAGGUAAUGGAAGCUGAAGAGCCUAGAGAUGCAAAGAGAAAGCGAUACGAUGAUUAGGCCCAAAAUAAUGGGAUGUUCUUCCAUGUCUGCUUGGUGACGAACUUUGCUGAACACUGAGAACCAUCGUAAACACAGUGAAUGUGGUCUUGAAUAACUGAUCAUCCAUUCAUUUUAAGCUGUGAAAUUAGAAUCUAAAUAUGGAAGUUUAUUAUGCUGUUGAAAAUGAUAGAAUGAAUGAAUGAACGAAACGAAUGAUGAUGACUAUAAUGAAACGGUGCAAAAUUCAAA